UUGAAGUACUUUGACCCGCUGGUGACCCGGAUGUUGAUGUGGCAUCAAAUUCGGUGAUUUCCCCGGCUAGGCAACUAUAAAGUAUUUUGGGCAUUUUUAGGCCAUUCAUACUCCUCAUGGUAACAUAACCAGAUACAGAGAUACAUCUUCUUUAAAUGGUGUCUGAGAUUCUUCAUUGACCCGCAGUAAGAGCCUCAAAUCAGCCUGUGAACGACAACAACAUUGUAAACAUGUCUACAGAGGAAUUUCAAUCACCAGCAGCAGCACAGAGCUCCGCUGACACGAGUUUAUUCAAUACACACAGCAUGGAUUCAACUGAAGUGCAGCACCCCAACCCUGCAAAGACACCCAUCCAAAUCCUGCAUGAAUAUGGCACCAAAAACGGGAACCUCCCUGUGUAUGUGAUGGAGAAGGCUGAAGGAGAGGCUCACCAGCCGAGCUUCGUCUUCAGUGUGAAAAUUGAAGAGGUUAGCUGCACAGGUCAAGGCCCCAGUAAAAAGGCUGCAAAGCACCAGGCUGCAGAGGCUGCUCUGAAGGUUCUGAAGAUAGACGCUGGAACAGUGAAUAUUCCUGUGAAGUCUGAGAGUAACGGUGUCGCAGCAGAAACAAACAACCAUCCCAACUCUGUCGGGGUUCUGCAGGAGUUAGCGCUGCAGAGAGGAUGGCGUCUCCCUGAAUACACAGUUUUAAAGGAGGCUGGUCCUCCACACAAGAGAGAAUUCACUGUUACCUGUCGAAUGGAGUCCCUGUCAGAGAAAGCUGUUGGAAAUUCAAAAAAGGCAGCAAAGAAAGCGGCUGCAGAGAAACUGGUGGCGAAGCUUCAAAGUCUGUCGGGCUGUUCAGAAAUCACAUGGACUCCUCAACCCAGUGUGAGAUUUGAGAACUUAAGAAAUUCACAAGCAGAGAAGAUAACGAUGCUAAGAAGAAACCCGCUGAGCAUUCCCAACACAGAUUACAUUCAGUUGAUGCUGGAGCUGUCUGAGGAGCAGGGCUUCGUGGUGACAUACUUCGACAUUGAUGAGCUAACGGUAAACGGACAGUACCAGUGCCUGGCUGAGCUGUCCACCUCCCCGGUCACCGUCUGUCAUGGCACAGGCAUCUCCUGUAGCAACGCCCACAACGACGCAGCACACAGCGCACUCCAGUACAUCAAGAUCAUGGCCUCCAUCAAGUAACACCACCACCACAGUCAACAUCGGCCACACCUGUACCGUCACACACAUCAGCUGAAGUCCAGUCAUCAUGAGACUGUAGAUUAUUCUUCCUACUUGUCUUCCUGUCUAUAGAUGAUAUGAAGUCAAGGUAUAUAUUUUUAUAAUCAUGAACGUCACAAAGCAGGUCAUGCUCCAGAACGACACAUUGAGUUGAAUGAGGCAGCUUUAGAGCAAAGACUGUAGAGAAACAAACUUUUAAAGUAUUAGGAACCAAAUCAAAAUGACGUUUGGUUUCCAUGUCGUCUCAUCGUGUUUUAUUUGGAAACAAAUAUUUAAAACAAUGAAAAUGAAGCACUUCCUCAUCACGGUCUUUUAGGCAUAGGUUGAGCUAUCAGCUCUUUGUUUGUUUGUUUGUUUUUGCUUGAGUGGGUAUUUUUUUAUCUCUAUUUAUAUAAGGAUGCAGUAUUUUAAAGUUCCAGUUUGCUUAAUUCCAUUUUUAUUCCUGGUCGUUUUCCUCUUCAGCUUCUCACUGAGCUGUUUAUCACGAGAAAAUAAAAGACCUCAAACUUUUUAUUUAUUGAACAGAUACCCUCCUUUCUGUUUCAACUUUCCAUAAACAAAAGUGACUAUAAAUUGAAAUUGAAUUGAAAAAGUUUGAUUAUUUCAGCUUCCUAUUUCCACUCUUCAGUUUGCCAUUAUGCAAAUGUAUAAUCCAUCCCCUGCUUUCUUAUCUGCUGGACUGAAAAUAGGAACAUGUUAUUUUCACAGUCUGCCGCCCUGUACCAUGUUUUGCAGUGUGCCUCAUAGUAGCUUGUGAACUGAAUAAACAAACUGUGUGCUGUGCCCUGCUGAAUGAACUGAACCCUAGUAGAAAGUAGCAAUAUGAAACAGGAGAAUAAACCCCAACACUACAUGUUAA